UCUCCAUUCCCGACGAUGCUUCUCCUUAAACCCAUUUCUCUCCCCCUCCUCCUCCUCCUCUCCCUCGUUCUCAUUCCGGCAACCGCAAUCCGAUCAUUCCCGGACCCGCAAACCGGAAAGGAAAAAGGAUUCAUCAUGGAUUUCUCAGAAGCUCCGGAAUACACGAACGGAAUCAGCUGCCCUGUUCUUCUGGGCUCCAACGACAGAGCAGGAAAGGAGGUUUGCGAUUCCUCCCUCGUCCACGUCGCGAUGACGAUCGAUUCCGAGUACUUGCGCGGCACCAUUGCCGCCGUCCACUCUGUUUUCAAGCACGCUUCCUGCCCGGAAAACACAUUCUUCCACUUCGUCGCCUCCGACUCCAGCGCCGUCGAUUCCCACCACCUCUCCCGCAUUCUGAAAUCGACUUUUCCGUCGCUUAAUUUCCGAGUCUAUGUGUUCAGAGAGAGCUUGGUGAGUCAUCUGAUUUCGUCUUCGAUUCGACGAGCUCUCGAGAACCCAUUGAACUACGCGCGGAGCUACUUAGCUGAUUUGCUCGACCCCUGCGUCGAACGCGUGAUUUAUCUCGACUCCGACGUCGUUGUUGUCGACGAUAUCCAGAAGUUAUGGGAGAUUACCUUAUCGGGGUCGAGAGUGAUCGGAGCUCCGGAGUACUGCCACGCGAAUUUCACCAAGUAUUUCUCCGACGAAUUCUGGAAAGAUUCCGAGCUCUCCAAGGUGUUCGACCGAAAGCGCCCGUGCUAUUUCAACACCGGCGUGAUGGUGAUCGACUUGGCGAGAUGGAGAGCCGGAGGGUUCACGAGAAAGAUCGAGACUUGGAUGGAGAUUCAGAAGGAGAAGAGGAUUUACGAGCUGGGUUCUCUUCCGCCGUUUCUACUGGUUUUCGGCGGCGACGUGGAGGCGAUUCACCACCGGUGGAACCAGCACGGCCUGGGCGGCGAUAAUUUGAUGAACAGUUGCAGGUCUCUGCAUCCGGGUCCGGUGAGUUUGCUGCAUUGGAGCGGGAGAGGGAAGCCAUGGACGCGGCUGGAUUUGGGAAUGCCUUGCCCUGUCGAUCUUCUGUGGGCCCCUUACGAUCUCUACAAACACCAUCAAAGUCAGCUUCAGGAUCUGCAUCUUCUUCAACAUCACCACCAUCAACAAUUUUUGAUGUUGUAGCAUUAAUUAGCACAGGAUUAUUUGUUUGAUUAUUUAUUUAAUUUUUUACAGAAAUUCGUUGAUAAAUAGGAGGAAAUAUUAUUUUUACCGGAUGUAAAUAGGGAGGGAGAUUUGAACAGAGUGAAGAGUUUGGAACAUAUUGUUCCAUUUUAGCCAAUUUAAUUAAUUUUUUUUCCCAA